GUAAAUUGCUGGAGGCUGUGCCGGUGGUCGAGCAGCUGACCAACGCACUGGGCAUGACAGCGCCUACCUCCAACCCAAUGCAGUUCAACCUGGCAGCCGAGGCGGAGGUUAGCCGGCUGCUGGCGGAGGCGGCGGAGUACCAGGCGCUAGCGGAGACUGUGACCGACCCGGAAAUGCGCGCGGUAUGCGACAAGCACCAGCUGAGGUGCCUGCGCAGCGCCACCGCGUCGCAGGCAACCCACCUGCGCGUGCAGAAGAUCAGCCGCACUAUGUCGCACAAGGACGCGAUUUCGAUCGUGCGCUUCGGUGAUGAGAAGACCGUCAGCGUGGUCGAGGGACUAGCCAACCUCACCGACACACAGCGCACCUCCCUGCUCAAGGGGGUAGGGGCAAGCGCGAGCGCAGCCAGCGGCAGUAACAACGGGGGCGCGGCAGCGGCGGCGGCGGCGGCACCUGCGCUGCCGCCGCCGCCGCCGGCGCGUGCGGCGGCAGCCGCAGCCGGGCAGGGUAACGGGUGCUACGUGUGCGAUGGCAACCACAACCACGGCAACUGCCCGACACUCAACGCUCUGCGUCAGCUGCAGCCCGCGGUGCACAACCGGAUCGUGGAGCUGUUGCGCGCCAGGCAGCAGCAGCCGCCAGCGCCGGCGCGUGUGCUGCCAAGAGCGGAUGUGGCCGACAUCCCGCAAGAUCAGCACUGGUUUCGCAACAACGGCGUCAAGAUCAACACGGCCGCCUGGCUCUCCUACGGCGUGGACACGCCCGCGGUGCGCAACGCAGCCGUGUGGCAGUUCACGUCGGACCCGCCGCCCUCCCACCACCUCUCCAACUAUCCCACCGUCCUCGAACACCGUGACGCCAUCGGCCAACAAUUCGACGACCUGCUGUCCAAGGGCAUGACCGAGGCCUAUAACCCAGAUCUGCACGGCACCCUCGACGAGUUCGCAGCGGUCAUCAGCCCGCUCCACGUGGUUUUCAAGGCAGACGGCGACCUCCGGCCCAUCAUCGACCCCACCAAGUCCGGCGUCAACGCGUGCAUGGCCCCUCUUCCUUGCCCCCUUCCCACCCUAUCCACCAUCCUUCAGGACUUGCCCAAAGGCGGUGCCCUCGGCAAACGCGACGUCGCCUCCGCCUUCCACCACAUCAUCCUGGACCCAUCCGCCCGCCGCUACAUGGCCUUCCGCCACCCCGUCACCAACGCCAUCCAGCGGUGGGUGGUGCUGCCCUUCGGCGCAAGCCAAAGCCCCGCCAUCUGGGUGGAGCUGGCAACAGCGGCCUGCGCCAUCUUCCAGGCCGAGUGCGACCGUCGCGGCCUCAACAUCAAGAUCCACGUCUACGCCGACGACUUCAUGCUGCUGGGCGCCACGCACGCCGACAUCACGGCGGCGUUUGAGGUGAUGGACACUCUGGGAGCGGAGCUAGGCCUUGAGUGGAAGGCGUCCAAGGACGUAGGCCGGGACCAGCACCUGCAGCAGCUAGAUUUCUUGGGCAUGUGUUUCGACACCGUGCGGAUGGAGAUGCGUAUCUCACCUGAGAAACGAGCUCGAUACGCCUCCGCUGCACAAGACCUCCUCGCCGCCGCCAGAGUGGGCCCCGUCAGCACUACCGACCUACUGUCCGUAACCGGCAAACUGGCCUUCAUCGCCCAAGCCUGCCGAUGGGGACCGUCCUUCCUGCAAGGGCUGUACGACUCCGUCCCACCGCCGUCACCCCGCCCGUCCCGCCACACCACCAUCACCACCGAGGGCAUUGACGACCUGCGCUUCUGGUGCGACCUCCUCGACUCCUCCACCUCGCCUUGGGACGGUGUCCGCCGAUGCGUCGUUGCAGACCUGGACGUGGUAUUGGGGGAAUAUCAGGGCCCCGGAGGGGCGGUGGUCUACACCGACGCCAGCGCAGCGGGAUUCGGCGCAGUUUGGGAGCAGGCGGAGCUACAGGGUGGUUGGCAGCCGGACGAGCGGGGCGUCCACAUUGCGUGGCUAGAGCUGAAAGCCAUCGUGCGCGCCCUACAGUCAUGGGCGCCACGCCUGGCAGGCCGGCGGGUGCUGGUGAGGUGCGACAACACGCAGGCAGUAGCGGCGCUGAACAGAGGCUCCACCCGCGUGCGUGACGGCCGCGGCCUCAUGAGGCAGGUGGCCGCGUUGGCGCUGCAGCACGAUUUCCAGCUGCGGGCACUGCACAUCGCGGGAGUGGACAACGGUCGGGCGGAUCGGCUCAGCCGGCAGCUGGCGGCGGCGGAGGAGCAGAACCUGUCGCUGGUGCACAGCGUGUACCGCCAGGCGUGCCGCCGCGCCCGCCUGGAGCCGGAGGUGGAUUGUUGUUGCGACGUCCUGGGCCUGAACCGUCAGCCCGGCUGCCAUACCUUCUUCAGCCCUGCAGCGUCAGUGCUGGACCACGCGGAGCAGCUAGCGGGGCGGGCCGUGUGGGCCUUCCCGCCACACAGCAUCGCGGGGGAAGUUUUGGGCCUUCUGGCGGGCUUGAGGGACACGGGCACACGGGCGCUAGUGCUGGUGCCGGACUGGCGGGACCGGGGCUGGUACCGGGAGUGGUUGGCGGCAGCUGCAUAUCCUGGCGGCGUGUUCGUGUGCCGGCGCUGCCUGCUGGCCGAGGCUCAGCUGGGCGGCAUUCCGGACGCAGCGCUGGAGGAAUUGGCCGCAAAGGCGGUGGCGGCGGCAGGCAACGCAGUCGCCGACUCCUCGGCGGAGACGUACCUCUCCCACCGCCGCCGCCUGACGCAGUUCGCGGAGCAGGUGCUGCGGCUCCCGGCGCAGCAGGUGUUCCCUCGGGGCCCGGGCGCGGACAUCAACCGCGCCCACGUCUGCCUGUUCCUGGCUUGGGCAGUGCGCCGCUACGCCAUCAGCACCAUCAACGGUACCCUAUCGGCAGUGGCGGAUUGGCAGCGGGCGUGCGGGGUCCCAGCCACAGCAACCAUUCGCCGUGACCCCAUGGUGCGGCGGCUCUGGGCGCAGCUGCAACGGGAGGCGGCUGACAGCACGGCGGCCGCCGCCGCUACCCUCAAGUCACCAUUCCCGAUUGGGCUGCUGUUAUGGCUCGUGGCCUGGCUGGGCACGCCCCUGGCCCCAGGGUCUACGGCGGAGCGGGCGCAGGACUCCUGCUGGCUGGUGCUCGGCUUCUUCGGCAUGCUGCGGCGCAGUGAGCUGGCAGGGCUUCAGCUGCGAGACGUGCGGGAGGUGCCCGGCGGCGGAGUGGAGCUUUUCAUCCGGCGCAGCAAGACAGAUCAGCGGGGUGAGGGGGCGUCGGUGGUGUUGACGGCAGAGUCGGGCAGCGGCAUCCGGAUCCAGGCGCUGGUCGCGUGGCACCUGCGAACAGCGCGGCGGGAAGGCGGCCUGGGUGAGCAGCCACUGUUCACUCGCCGGGCAGAGUGGGGGCUGGCUCCCGUUGGCAUGGGGAAGGCGGCGUUCAACAGCCGGCUGCGGUCGCUGCUGGCGGAAGCUAUGAGACAGCUGGGGCCACGAGCCCCCGACCUAAGCAUGUACACCGCGCACAGCCUCCGGCGGGGAGGGGCAACGGCGGCAGCCAACGGCGGGGCAUCACUGGAGGAGAUAAAGGCGCACGGGCGCUGGAAGUCAGACGCGGUCCGGCGGUACGUGCAGCCGAUGGCGGCAGUGCGCAUGCGGAUAGUGGGCCGCAUGUAGCGGCCCGACGGGGUUGGGGGGGGUGGCCUUCGCAUGCGCUGCUUGCGAGCAGGGUGCGGAACGGCCCGCCCGCUGCCGCCAGGACGCGGGGCAGCGGGCGGGCGCGGCUUUACCCCCCACAUCUCUUCGGCGCCCGCCCCGUGCGGCCAUGGGUUUGAGAACUAGGGAGGGGGUGUGGGGGGUAGUGCGAGAAGGAGGGGGGAUAGACGUGUGGCGUAGGUUGCAGUGUGGCGGUGAGCAGUAAAGCAGUUACGGAUGGUCUGGGGGUUGAGAAGAGCAGUCGGUACAGGUUGGGAGAGAGACACGAACCCAGACAGGAUAUGGCCGAGCUGAGGCCACUAGCGGCUUCAAGCCUUGUGAUAUGUUGACGUGGACGCGUGAUCGUGCCUCAACGCUGUCUUUAACCUCAGGCCAAUGGGCCGGCCGAGUGGCCUUUGCGUACUUAAACGAAG